AUGGCGGACGGCGAACCCCAAAAACUGCUUCCCAGGUUAAUUCAAGAUGGGAACCUCGCCCUUCUCAAGGAAGAGAUCGAAAGCGUCAGGGAUCUGAGCGGGGAGGUGCGGCGGAAGCACUUUGGCCGGUCGGGGGACACGCUCCUCCACUACGCGGCCCGGCACGGACCCCUGACCAUCCUCCGGUACUUAGUGGAGACUUUGCAGAUGGACGUUGAACUGUGUAAUAACGAUUACAAGCGGCCCCUCCACGAGGCAGCCUCCAUGGGCCGCCGGGACUGCGUCUUGUACCUUUUGGAGAGAGGAGCGGCCGUCGAUUGCCUGAAGAAAGCAGACUGGACUCCUCUCAUGAUGGCUUGCACCAGGCGGAACCUGGACGUGAUUCGAGAUCUUGUGCAGAACGGGGCAAACCCCCUGCUGAAAAACAAAGAUGGCUGGAAUUGUUUCCACAUAGCCUGUCGAGAGGGGGACCUUCAGGUCAUCCGGUACUUGCUCGACGUCUCUCCUGAUAUCUGGAACACAGAAAGCAAAAUCAAAAGGACACCUCUGCACACGGCAGCAAUGCAUGGCUGCCUGGAGGUAGUGAAAGAUCUACUCGAGCGGUGCCUGUACAAACCUGACCAUCCAGACCAAUGCGGAGUCACCCCCUUUAUGGACGCAGUCCAGAAUGGUCAUCUGGACAUCGCACGCCUGCUUCUAGAAAAGCACAAGGCUUCUUACACGGCCAGAGACACGAUCGGAGCCCAGCCGUUGCACCGGGCUGCCGUCACGGCCCAGGACGACGCCCUUCGGUUCCUCGUUUCCAACCUGGGCGUCGAUGUCAACGCGAGAGCCACCUCCUUGCACAUCACGGCCAUCCAUUACGCUGCCAAGGAAGGACAUACAGGAACUAUCCAGACGCUUCUGUCCCUCGGUGCCAAUCUGAACGCAAAGGAUGGGAAAAAUCGAACUGCUCUUCACAUGGCAUGUGCAGGCCAGCAUGAGGCAUGUGCACAGAUUCUUAUGCAGUCAGGAUUGCAGGACUCUCCAGACAGCAGUGGGACGUACGCACGGCAGCUUGUAAAGAGGUCGAACCUCCUCCAGCUUUUCGAAGAGGUCAACAUGAGUGCAUGA